GACUGCUGGCAAAUGUAGCAUCAGGAUUUGUGUUUUUGGUAUGAAAUAAUGAUAACUUGUGUUCUGUCCUAAAUUUAAUAGUGGUUUUGCCUCACUGCGUUUUAAUCGUGAUUGUCAGUUGCGACAAAACGCUUGCAAUGGACCAGCGACUGAACACGAAUGAUGUAGCCGCGAUCCUGCGGAUAUGGGAGGAGGAGAACCAAACUCCGGGAUAUGACCCGGUGCCCAUUCUUACGAGGCUGGCUGAAAUCAUCGAAGCAGAGACUGAGAAUUACAUGAAGAUGGACCCAGACCCAUUCGAUGAACGCCAUCCGUCUCGUACUGAUCCAGACUGUGAACUGGGCCACAUUCUUAAAGUUUUGUUUCGAAAAGACAGUUUUGUUACUAAGCUCGUGAACGACUACCUCAGAGAAAACUAUUGGUCCCGCUCGGGAAGCCACAGUAAGGAUUCUCGUAAAGUGAACAUUGCAGCAUGUAGGCUGAUGCUGGACAUUAUGCCUGGUCUUGAGAUAUCUGCAGUUUUCCAAGUGCCCGAGAUGGAGAGCCUGAUACUGCGGGUGUUCUCCUGGGCGGAGAAGUCGGUACAGCCGCUGCAGAGCUAUGCCACAGGCCUGCUGGCAGCCGCCAUGGAAGUACAGGACAUUGCUGCUAAUUUCAGGGAGCAGAACGCCAAGUUGGUGCCCCUGAAGCUGCAGGAGCUCCACAGGCUGCAGUCGUCUGCCGCGGAGGAGGCUCAGACCCAGUGCUCUCUGCCGUCCGCCAGACCGUUCGCGCACCUAGGUCAAGGUGAGAGCAAGAACGCGCAGCGCAAGAGACGUAAAUCCAUAACUAACGGCUGUGUGGGGCGAACGUCACCCCUGAGGUCCCCGACCGCGCCGAGCCUCUACAACGACAGCUCGGACUGCACCGAGCUGCUGGUGAACGGCGUGGACAGGAGCCCGCCCAGGAAGAAGCCGCGCAAGGAUCUGGACGAAGACUGCCAGUUGUUCGACAGCUACGUCAUGUCCCCGCCCCCCUCGGUGCAGUCCAAGGUCACCUCUGUCGUGCCGGCGACUCACAUGAAUGGAGCACCAGUUUCGAGCGAGUGCAGUAAUUCUUCCUGGGCAGAAAUGGAGAGUUAUGUGAUUGGCAACAUACAGAUGUACCCACCAACCACUGCGACCAGACAAAUGCUUAUACUCAGAUACCUCACCCCUAUGGGUGAGUACCAGGAGUUCCUCAGCCACGUGUUUGAACACAAUGCGUUGGAGCUGAUCCUGAGGUACACCAAUCUCCGUGAAUCAAAGGAUUCCAGGCUGGCAUUCGAGGCUCUGAAGUACCUCGCUGCCCUUCUUUGCCACAAGAAAUUUUCCAUAGAGUUCAUCAACAUGAAGGGAUUAUCGACACUACUGAGCGUCCCUCGGCCAAGUGUUGCAGCAACGGGCGUUUCCAUUUGUUUGUACUACCUGGCGUAUUGCGAAGAUGCCAUGGAGAGAGUUUGCCAACUGCCCCACAACAUUAUAUCUGAUCUAGUGAGGUACGCGCUGUGGCUGCUGGAGUGCUCCCAUGCGUCUGGCCGAUGUCACGCGACAAUGUUUUUUGGACUGUCCUUCCAGUUCCGGGCCAUCUUGCAUGAGUUUGAUGCACAAGAUGGACUGCGGAAGCUUUAUAACACGGUGAGCACGCAGCAGAUCCUGACGGCGGACUACAGCGGCGCGCUGAACGACGACGAGGAGUCGGCGGCCCGCCAGGUGGUGCGGCACGUGUGCGUGGCCCUGAAGCGCUACGCCGAGGCCCACCUGUGCAUCAGGGCGCGGCAGCUGCGUCGCAGCCAGCUCCGGGAGACCAGCGGCCAGCACCUGGAGCCGGCCCCCCACCCCGUCAAGGUGAAGAGCACGCCGGAGGAGGUGCUGGAACACAUGCAGACGCUGCUGGAGCUGAUGCCCUUCACCUCGCACUGGGAGCCCGUCGACCAGUUCGUGAGGCACGGCGGCAUCACGCUGCUGCUGCAGAUAGUCGCCCACACUUACAAGUGGAACUACUCCGGCAGGGCGGAGACGACGCGCAGCGCGCUGGACGUGCUGGCCAUCUGCAGCGUCAUGCCGCAGGUGCAGGUGCAGCUGUGCGAGCGUGUCGAGCUGCCCGACGGCACCGUCACCGUCGGCAUGAACAUAGUGCUGGGCGCGGCCGAGGGCGAGAUCGUGGCCGACUGCGACGUGCGCCGCUCCGCCCUGGCCAUCGUCGCCAACUGCGUCUGCCCGCCCAUCAUGCGGGUUGGCGGCAACAUGGGACGGUUUUCAAUCAUGGGUUUGUCAAAGAAGAAAAACCUGCGCACGAGUGAAGAAUUAAUAACGAAGAUGUGGGAAUGCGUGAGGACAAACAAUGGCAUCAUGGUGCUGCUGCAGCAGAUCAUGUUGAAGACCCCCAUCACGGACGCAGACUCGCUGCGCGCGAUGGCGUGCCGAGCACUUGCGGGGCUGGCGAGGAGCGAAACAGUGCAGCAGAUCAUCAGCAAGCUCCCGCUUUUCACCAAUGGGCAGCUGCAGCUGAUGAUGAGGGAUCCAAUACUGCAGGACCGGAGGUUGGAGCACGUCAUGUUCCAGAAGUACGCCAUGGAGCUUUUGGAGCGGGUCUCCGGCAAGCCGAAGCCAACAGGGAACGAGCUGGAGAUAUCUCUGUACAACAUGCACAGGGCGAGCGUGGUUGCUCAGACAAGGAUACAGUACAACAGCAAGCAACUGAACCAGCUCAUCCACCAACACCUACUGUCUCAGGGCUUGACUGAGAGUGCUGCCAGCUUGCAGCGUGAAGCCAGCCUGCCGAGUCUGCCAACAAAGCAAGGCAACAGCACUUUCUUCCCACCUUACAGCCACAGGCCGCGGCUGUCGGUGGGCAGCCCCGCGGUGGAGCACCACCCGCCCUCGCUCCACCGCUCGCCGGCGGCGCACCUCUCCGGCACCGUGAGCAGCUCCCCGCCCGUGGCCCAGCGGCUGGCCACGCCCUCCGGCUCCCUGGCUGCCGGGAGCACCACCCCCCACCACCUGCCCAUCAGGCUGUCUCUGUCCAGCUCCAAGCGAGCAAUCCAAAGCACGAGCAGUAUGUUCAGUGCGUGUAGCCGCUCUUUGCAGAAGCAGAUUUCUUGGGAGAACUCCUUCCCGUCCCCGCUGGGCAAGACCACGCUCACUUCGAGUGGAGACUCGCACAUCACGCUGGACUCGAUAAUCACGGAGUACCUCACCAACCAGCACGCGCUUUGCAAGAACCCUGUCGUGCCUUGUCCGCAGUUCAACUUGUUUGAGCCGCACAGGUGUCCCGACCCCAAGGCCAAGAACUCCUCGCCCACCAACUUCGUGAUGCGGACGUGCCGGCGGGAGCUGGGGCUCAGCGGCCGCGACGCCGUCAGGCUGGACCACCGGCUCGUCCACAGCCGCUUCUGCCCGGUGAAGACCUUCCGGUCGACCAGCGAGGACGGGGGGUUCUUCACCUGCUGCGACUUCCUGCCAUUUGAACACUGUGUAAUGGUAGGCAGCUACACAGGUGAAGUCAAAACUUACAACUUAAGUACAGGAGCGGAAGAUGCGUCGUACCACUGCCACGACUCUGCGAUCACGCACAUUAUGUGCAGCAGAGACCAGUCCCUCCUGCUCACGUCGUCGCUGUGGAGGCGACCGCUGUCCGCGCUCUGGUCCAUCAAGUACUUCGAGCUCAAGUUUCCUAUGGAUGAAGAAGAAUAUGUAGAAUUUAGCAAAGUAACGCAAGACCGCAUAAUUUCAACGAAAGCAGAAGUGGCAACGAUCUAUGAUGUCGGGACAGCUUCUAAAAUUAUGACGCUCAUCCCAUCAAUAUCCAAUCAGUAUCAGAAGAACAGGGCGACAUUUAGUCCGUCUGAUGAUCUUGUUCUUUCCGAUGGAAUUUUGUGGGAUGUUGCUUCUGGCAAGCAGGUUCAUAAGUUCGACAAACUGAACCAGACGCUGAAUGGAAUUUUCCAUCCUAACGGGUUGGAGGUAGUGGCCAACACGGAAGUGUGGGAUCUGCGUACAUUCCACUUGCUGCGCACCGUGCCGGCACUGGACCAGUGCCAGGUGGUGUUCACGCCGCAGGGAGACACCCUCUACACCAUCAUGAUGGAGCACGAGUCGGAGGAGGAGGAGGGCUACGAGACCUCUUUCAAAACCCUCGACGCCUACGACUACUCCAGCAUCGCCACUAUUGAUGUCAAGAAGAGUGUCUAUGAUUUGAGCUGCAACAAGUAUGACACUCAGAUAGCAGUCGUGGAAAAUCAAGGUUUAAUAGAUGACAUCCAGGAGUCUAUGGUUCGAAUCUACGACGUUGGACGAAGACGGGACGACGAAGACGAAGGGGAGGAAGAGGAAGACGACGAUGAAGAAGGCAGUGAAGGAAGUGCGUCUGCAUCCGACGACGACCAACAAGACGAUGCCAGAGAAGCAGGAGAUGAUGAUGCAAAUCGGAAUAACUCUGCAGAUCAGGCGUCAGACGCGAAUGCUUCAGACUCCGACUCUGAAGGUUCAGAAGUCAUAAUCUCGCUCUCUGACGUCUCGCUAGAUAACGACUCCUUCAAUAUGUAUGAUGUAUGAAUGAUACUGCGUGGUGAUGUCAAUGUUCCAGAAUUUUUUAAGCAACACAGGUUGAUUUGAAAGGAAAGUUUUAAUAAUUCUCUUUACAGACAGUUUUAUUUUCUAAGAAUUUUCAUUUGAUAUUACAUUUAUCACGUUUCAUGUUGGAGAAGUGGAUAAACUUAUCUGUAUCAGAACAAUUACAUAAUACAACCAUGAAAUUGUGAUACAAACGUGAUGCAAGCAAUUUAUUCCAGAAUGCUACAUAUUGUGUUUCCCAUUACUCUGUGCUCGAGAAUAAAUUUUGUACAUUAGUGAGCUAGCUAAUUGGGAAAAAAAAUGAUUUAUAAAAACUUGUAAAUUUAUUUAAAUACAUGCUAAAAAAAAUAAUUUAAUUUCUUGUGGUACUGUAGGUGGUAAAUUUUUUAAAAUACACUGUGAAAAUUUC